GGCAGAGUGGUGCGGAGGGGCCGGAAGUGGCGGGUGUCCGGAGCCGCUCCCAUGGCGACCCGAGCGCUGCAGGAAUGGGCCCGGCUCCAGGUGGUCGGUUACCCGGGGGUCGAGGUGACCAACAUGAGCUCGAGCUUCAGGGACGGACUGGCCUUUUGUGCGAUCAUCCACCGGCACCGCCCUGACCUGAUAGACUUCGAUUCACUGUCCAAAGAGAAUGUCUACGAGAACAAUCGCCUGGCAUUUGAAGUGGCUGAACAGGAGCUGGGUAUUCCAGCACUCUUGGACCCAGAGGAUAUGGUGGCCAUGCGUGUCCCAGACCGGUUAAGCAUUCUGACCUACGUUUCUCAGUUCUACAACUAUUUCACCAACCAGACUCAUGCUGGAGUACCCCCCUCCAUGAAGAGACCAGCCGGAAUAUCACCAUCAGAACCAUCAAUCAAGAAACCAGUCACUGUAAGCAAACAAGUCCCCUUAGCAAAUAGUGAUUCCUCAGAGGAAGUUGCCGAGAGGCCUCGCUGGAAUACGCUCAGCAGCAUGUGUGCAAUUUGCAACAAACAUGUUCACUUGGUGCAGAGAUACUUGGUGGAUGGGAAACUUUAUCACCGCAACUGCUUCAGAUGCAAGGAGUGCUCCAGUACUCUGCUCCCUGGAGCCUAUAAACCUGGCACACAUUCGGGCACUUUUGUCUGUACGCACCAUCGAGGGCAAGUCACCAGCCGGCCGCAGCGUCCUCUGUCCGUUCCGCAAUCCCGCCGAGGCUCUGGCUCCUUGCCUGCACAGACACUUUCAUCAACUAGCCCACUGACAUUGCGCCAUUCCCUGGGAACCACAAAAGGAUCGGAAGAUGUUAAAGGCAGCCCAUCAUUAGAGCCACAAGUAAAUGAAGAGGAAAGUGUGGAGCCAUCAGGCACCCAAGAGGGUCUUUCCAUUUCAGUUAAGCAGCUUUCUGCAGCCUUUUCUGUCUCCACUGAAAAGAGUCACCCGAGCACUGACAUAGCAACAAGACAGCUGGAGCUUUCCAACAGCUCCAAUUUCAAGGGCACAUCAGAGCCCAAAGUGGAAUCCUACCUAACAAAGGGAGCACAAAGAUCGUCAGAGUCCCGUGAUCCCAAAGAACAGGCUGAGCAUGGGGUAGGCGAGCAGCUUUUACCAGAACUACAGUCAGAAAUACAGGAUUCUCAGAACAAACAGCAACAAGUAGCAAGUAUGGACAUGGGCAGUGCUACAGAGAAUGGAGUGAGCAGCAACACCUCGGGGACUCCAGCCAUACAUGUCAGUGAAAACCAGAAUACAAACUUAGCUUCAGUAAACAGAACAACACCUGAUGAGAAGCUGAAGGCUCCUGUUCCAGUUCCAAGGAAAAUGAUUGACUCUGCCUCAUCGACCGUGGCAACACCACAUCCAGUGCCUCGACCGCGGAUUAGCUUUGGUGGUGGUGGUGGAGGAAGCGGAACAAGUGAAACAUCUGUCCAGAAAUCGGAAAGCAGUUUGCUGGUAAAUGGAGGAGUGACUGAGCAAACAGCACCUGUACCAAAGCCACGAGACCGUCCACAAUCCCUUCCAGAGAGGAAAGACGAAGACACCAAAUCGAAAGGCCAUCCUUGGAUGGCAUUGGUGAAUUCCGAAGUGAAGAGAAGACCCGCACCCCCUCGGCCCGGAGCACCCACCAACCCCAGCAGCACUCAGCAAGGCACCACAGAAUCUGUUCCCCUAAAUCCAUUUGAAGUGGAGGAGGAGGAGGAGGAGGAGGAGGAAACAAACAAUGUGUCUGAGAAAGUGCAGAGUGCAGCCCCCAUGGAAACCACUCCCAAAUCAAACCAUCCAUGGUAUGGUAUUCAGCCAGCCAACAGUCCCAGGAGUAAGAAGCGGCCUGCACCCCCACUGCCAAAUGCAUCCCCUUCAGCCUCUCGUUCACUCCAGUUUCAGACCCACAGUUCUUCAGUUUCUGAAACAGGCCCAUCCCCUUCCCUCAGCAUGGAGAGUAUUUCUGGGAAUUCAGCAAAGUCUACUCCAGAGCUGCACAGGAAAUGGGAAGCUGAGGCGGCUGACAAUAGUCCGGCCGAAGUCAGGAGUUCAGCCACGUCCAACGGGAGUCCAGGAGCCAGUGAGAAUGCCCUGUUGAAUGCUGAGAGUCCAACACCACCCAGUCAUCACCGACCUCCACCAAAGCCUCCAGUCAGCUGUAGCCCUAGGUUAUCCACUCAUCCAUCCCCUGAAACAAACAGGGUACAACACUGCAGCCCUGACCUCCAGCCAAAGUCUUCAUGCAAAGAAAAUCCAUUUGAUAGAAAAUCCAGUCCAGCUGGAGUAACUGCCCCCCCCCGGCCUCGGAAAGGACCGAAGCCAGCACGGCCUCCAGCCCCCGGCCAUGGCUUCCCGUUGAUUAAGCGCAAGGUGCAUGCAGAUCAAUAUAUUCCCGAGGAGAAUAUCCAGGGAGAGUUGGAACAACUAGAACAGAGUCUGGAUGAACUGGAACAUCGUGGGGUUGCACUAGAGGAGAAACUGCGCAGCUGUGAAAAUGAUGAAGAUGAAGAUGAUCUCCUGGUUGAUUGGUUCAAACUAAUCCAUGAGAAGCAUAUGCUGGUUCGCCGUGAGUCAGAGCUGGUUUACACUUUCAAGCAGCAGAAUUUGGAGGAACGGCAAGCUGACGUGGAGUAUGAACUACGCUGUCUACUUAACAAACCGGAGAAAGAUUGGACUGAUGAGGAUCGAGCGCGAGAGGCAGAGUUGAUGCAGGAGUUGAUUACGGUCAUCGAGCAAAGAAAUGCCAUCAUCAACAGCCUGGAUGAAGACCGGCAGCGAGAGGAAGAGGAAGAUAAAUUGCUGGCAGCAAUGAUAAAAAACAAAGACUUUCACAAGGAUCCCAAUAGUGAAAUAAAGAAAAAAUUAAAAUUCAAACCCAGCAAAAUGUUGAAAUUUCUAGGCAACAAGCCAGAAGUAAAGUCAAAAAGUGCCAAAGAGAAGAAUUUGUGAUUGGUGGAAUGCUGGAAAGAAUGGGAAGCUGCAAGUGCAGCACCAGCUGACAUUGACCAACGGGUCGGCACUUUUUGGGACUGGUUCAACUUGGCAGCAAUUGCUGAUUGUUCAUAGGAAGAAGAUCUGGUCUCAUACUGACAUUAGGCAGCUCCAUCAUGGUGCUGUCAGAGAUUAUUUACUAUAUAUCCUUAGUUGAUGUGCAAUAGAAGUCACUACAGUCCUGUAUAAUUUGUAUUUAGUGCAUUUUACACAACAGCUGAGACACAUUCAUUAUUCUUUCUCAAGCUAAAACCUGCCUUUUCCCACUGUCCAGUUUUGUGCAGUUUCACAGGUACAGGCUCUGCCUGACUCUGUGGUGGUUCACUGUGGCCAAGUCACACCAGCAUCACGUAUUGCUCUGGAGUUUUGUUUUCAGUCUGUGAAGAUCUGUUCAGUUCCUGCCAUGCAAUGCCCUAUCACUGCACAAAUAGUUUUCUCAAGACCUAGCAACUCUCACAAUGACUCUAAAGUCUCCAGAUUGUUACCUGUCUGUGCGUGCUGGUUAUCUUGUGGUACAGCAUUUACUAUUGUCGUCACAAGAAAGUUCUCAAUCUUUCUCAGUUGUAACUGAAAUCUUUGCAACAAGAGUAUUCAAAAACAGUACCUUACCAGUGACAACAUGUCAAUAUCAUGUACACCCAUACUGAUACUUAGUGCGAUGGAGGACAGGCCAUUCUGGGGUUACAGGUGCUGAACUCUCUGGUGUGGAGGGUUCGAUAGGUACUGUGUACUCCAGGGCUGCAGACACUGUCCAUUCUGGUGGUUUUGCAGUGCCCUGGACAAUUGGGUGAGGAGGAUGCAUUACAUCAAGCACUCUGGGGAAGGGGUGUUGAGGUGAGGUAUUGUAUCAGGUAGAUACCCAGGGUCGUGAAAUUUGAGUUUGUGACAGGGGCCAGAGCUAGAAUCUCAGCAAUAAGAUUCGAUGUCAUGAUUGCGACCAGUCUAAAUAGUUUCUCCAAUAUACAGUAUUGUGUAAUGCCAGUGGUGGCUAUCAUUUCUUACCAGGCGAAAUUGGGUACUGCAGAUGCUGGAGGUUAGGGUCAGGAUUGGAGUGGUGCUGGAAAAGCACAGCAGGUCAGGCAGCAUCCGAGGAGCAGGAGGAUCGACGUUUCGGGAAUUCCUGAUGAAGGGCUUUUGCCCGAAACGUCGGUUUUCCUGCUCCUCGGAUGCAGCCUGACCUGCUGUGCUUUUCCAGCUCCACUCUAAUGUUGACCAUUUCUUACCAUCCCAUUUACCCAUUUAUGAGAGUCUGAACAGAUGAGUUGAAUGAUUCCUGCCCUCUGCUUAUCAACAACCAGGGUCAGAAGGCAUCCUUAGCCCAGAACUGACUCUGCGUGGUCAGAACGCAGCUUGAUCAGUAACUGUGGAGUUACAAUGCCAGUUGUUGCUGCAAUUACUGUGCCUCUCUUCCACUGGAUAAUGUAAAGCAGUUAAUACAGAGAGACCUUAAAGCAAUGAAUCAUGAUCAAACACAGGGCAGUCAGCAUCCAAAUCAUGAGCAGGCACAGUGACAGAAUCAACAAGGCUGGGAAUGGAUAGGCAGAGAGCUGGAGCCCAAGGCAUUCACCUAUGUCUCAAGACUGUGUCGUGUGUCAUACAGGCUUUGGUGUUGAGACAUAGUGCUGACACCUGUCCACUGCUCGUUAUGAGCACGGUUUGAGUCUUGAAGGGGCUAUUGACUGGAACACUCCCUUUUUUGUUUCAGCACUGAUAAUAAUGGAGUUCUGUGCAAUGUAGGGGGACUCUGGAAUGUUUCCUAACCUUUAAUAAUUUUGCACCAUACAAGUAAAUCAGAAGCACUUUUCAGAAUGAAACAGGAUAUACAAAGUGUAUUCAUGAAAGACCUUUCUAGAAUCUGUGGGCUGUGGACCUCCACCUCAUCAGGGGAAUCUCUGAACAGUGACCAAGCUGCAAACUGAAAACUUCAUAACACGCUCCAUUCUGCUGCAGUCGUCAUAUUUUCACAUCAGUGUUGGGUUAGAAUUAGUUUCAGAAGUGAGGCACCGAUUGUUACAAACGAUGCUUGGUAGGAUUAAUGUUCUCCUUGGAACAUCAGUAGUAGUACAUAAGUAUGUACGUAAUGUGAGCAUGCAGAAUUGAGCACACAAGCAGCUGUUCUGACAGUGUGCAGCUGCAGGCAUGAGUGACUUUAUGCUUUAUUAUCUAAUGUCCCUGAUAAUAUUGUACUUCAGUUGGCUCCUAGUAUCUCAACUUGAACUGUGUUGUUGAUGUAAUUCCUCACCAGGUUCAAUCUGAAACCUUCAUUGGUAUUUAAUCUGCCAAUCACAGUGCCCAUCACUCAUAAUACCAAUUAGCAUUCACUCCAAACUGGUGAAUGUUUGUUCUUUUGACCUGAGCCUAACCCUUAACAUGUUGGUGGGCUGCUGACAUUAGCCUGAUACAGUGAAGGUCUUUACACUUGAUCAGUUAGUGUUUCCUAGGGUUCAUUUACAUUUGAACACACAGAACCAGCAAGCAACUAAACAUCACAGUGCAUUCACACAUCAGCUGCGCUUUAUCAGGGGCUUUUGGAUCUGUAUUUUGAACUUAACUCUAUGCUUCCAGAGAUUGAUUGAGAAACAAUAUGUAUGUUGGUCUGAGCUGUGGCAUAUGCACUGUUGCCCUGGUUAACACAAUUUAUUUUGUGAUAUUUUAGGUUCUUAGCAUUAAAUAUAUUAAUAUCUAACGCAUACAGGAACGGAUGCCAAAUAUAAGCCUUAAUUCAAUUUACUGUCAACUCUUUUAUUGAAUGCAUUUUUUGUACUUACAGCAGAGUGAGGAUUGGUGCCUUUUUUGUUUUUGGUAGUUAUAGGGUUGCUGUCCUCAAGUGAAUUGAAUGGAUUUGCUGAUACAGAUAAUUUCUUUAGCUGUUACUCUGCCUUACCUAUUUGUAUAUAAUAUUUAUUGAAACACCCAAACAUUGUUCUAAAGCUAUAUUAUUCUCCUAACAAAAUGGGUAAAA